AUGUUCCCGACCAGAACUUCCUUCUUCGGCAGGCUGGACGGCAUCUCUCAGCUCCCUGCUUGCCAACAUCCCGUUGCCCCCGCCCCGUCCCCAUCUGCUAUAAAGAGCGCCCGGAGCUAUUCACUACUUCGCCAGAAAAUAACAAACCAAGCACAGCUCCUCGCUUUCACCGCAAGCAUCCCCUGGAGCCUCGAGGAGGCAGCUGCACCGUGCAGCAGCAACACCGAUUCCCGCAGCGCUUCUGGGAAGACUCAACUUAGCUCCACCACAAGCGGAACCCUACGCAGCCAGGGCGCACCGCCAGCGGCUUCUCCAAGGCUGCUCUGGGAGGAAUCUACUGAACCCCACCGAGAGCGAAGCCCCGACGCGGAGGCGCGUUCCUCCAGCGCUCCCAACCCGCGCGCCUGGAUGCCCGGCUGCGGCGCCGCGCCCUCUGCUGGCGAAGCCAUGAUUCCGCAUAGCAGGUCGGAGGCCAGCAAGCUCGAGGCGGCGGCUGCCGCAGCGGCUAACCGGGAAUUAGAGGUGCGCGGAACGGGCGCCUCCGCAUCCUCGCUGCCCGCGGCCGUGCGGAGCGCGUUGGAGCUGGCUGAGGCCCGACGGCGGCUGCUGGAGGCGGAAAGCCGGCGGCAGCUGGUCUCGGAGCUGGAGAGACGCGUCGAGCAGCUCCACCGCGUCUUCAUCGAGGCUGAGCUGCGCAUGGCCAACCGCGCCGAGAGCCUGGGCCGCCUGGGCAGCGGCGUGGCGCAGGCCGAGCUCUACCUGACAGCGCACGGGCAGCGCCUCAAGAAGCACCUGCGGCGCUACAAGAAAGCCAGGCCAACGGCCCUGCUGGCGUCGGCGCUGGGACUGAGCAGCUGCGUGCCCUGGGCGGCCUGCCGGCUGCGCCGCGGCCGAGGGGGCGCCCCGGAGCCGCCAGAGUCCCCCUUUAAGAGGAUCCAGCAGGGGGCACCAUCGGCUGCGUCUCCCCAACAGCCCCGGCGAGCUCUGUCUUAGAAAAGAGGCGGGGCGAGGGCGGGAGUUUUUGGCCAAGCGCCCCGGGGUGCGGUGGAUUGAUGGAAGGCAGUGACACCUCUUGGUGACCGUUGUGGUCACUACAAAGAGUGCGCGCGGGGGAAUGUGUCACUGCAUGCUUUGCAGAAUUGUCCUUGAAGGAUAGGGACCAUUUGCUGAGUCCCCAAGGCAGGAGGGGUGUGUGGGGAUGAUGUUGAUCCUUCUAGCAAUUCUCCCCUGCCCACACACCAGCUUGUGGCCAACCAGCCCUCUCUGACUCAUUCUCUAUGAGCAGAAGACCUCUGUGCUGGAACUCAACCCUUGAAAACACUGGAUUUUCAUGACUGCCUCAUCCAGUCAUAGGCUCCAUCCCACUCUAUGCUGAUGUUCCAGUUAUGCUGUUCUUAUGGCUGGGAGAAGCUUGGCUUGGAAUCAGUGCCACAUGCAGCUGCUGCUAUGCUGGCUUUUUCCUGUGGCUGCUCUAGGAUGAUGUGGCUGCCCUAGAAGGUUGGUCUCUAGGAUGCCAAACGGCACCUUCUGCUCAUGGCAAAUGAGUUUGGCCUGUUUGUCAGGGUAAUUAUGUGCUUCAGCUUUGACCUUUACCAAUGCCUGCCACCGCUGGGAGGCCUCUGCGAUUCAUUACAGCAGGAAACCAGAGUGAAAUGGGUAGCGUGUAUGUAACUAGGCAACCCUUUUGGCAGCAGCAGGAGAGAGGCGGUUGUGUCCGUCAGUUUUUAUGCAAUCAAAAAAAGUGCCCAUCUGUUCUGUAGAAGCUCAUCCUCUCUAGUCCAAGGAUAUGCACCUCCUGGUCUGUGAGAGCUUUCGGAUUCUGCAGAACCUGGAAACGUUUCAGCUUUGUGUAACCAGUCAGUUUUCUGUGACUUGAGAUUGUCCUGCCUGAAUUAUGCUUGAACCCAUAGGUCUUUGAAGAAUGAUAUUUUGAUCCAGGAGGAGAAGAGGAAGCCAUGGUUUCUGAUUUGUUUUGGCUUUUUGGGGGGAGGGGGUAGGCUUCCAUGUUGUUUGCCAAAGGAUCAACCUUGAAGUUGCUUAUCCAGCCAUAGGACUUUUGUGAUGCAGAGGAGUAGGUUUAUCCAGAUGUAGGCACCAGCCUGACAGGAGACUCUCCUGCUAGAUCUUCCUUGAGACAGGUGCUUUUCUUACUCAGCAGGCUGUUGGUCAUGCAUGGCUUCUGAUCCCCCCCCCCCAGUCAUAGGGAACUAAACCCAGGAAAACAUCCUCGAUUUUGCCCUUGUACACACAAAAGCUUCUGUUAUCCACCAGGGGAGAAUUGCUAUGAAAUUGCAACCAAGCCAGGAGGUAUCCUGAAUUGCCCCUUCUUGCUCUUUUGGACAGUGCCUUUAAGGGGACUUGGAAGAAACUCUUCCUCCAAUUAUUGUAUUAGAACUCUUCCAUAGCCUCUUGUAUAGCGCUUACUGUCCUGGAGGAGUUUCUGCUGUCCUGAACCACAGAAACGUCAUUUCUCAUGUUGAGAAUCUAUCCUGAUCUUUAGGGGGCAAUUCAUCAGAAUGCAAUGGCACAUGAGGGCUAACGUUUGCGGCUUGCCAUUUGCCAAUGGGAACUUUUGAAGAAUUUUUAAAAUUGCACUUUAAAUGUAUAUGGUGACAUUUCUUUGCCAUUGUAGAAUCGCACAGGGUAAUGAACCAGGACACAAUUUCCAGUGGGCACUGUGCCUUGAUCCUUUAUAUCCAACAGGCUUGGGUGUAAGAAAAAGACAUGCAAGCUUUGUACAUAUGUGAUAGCUCCACUUCAAGCUGCUUUGCCAAGGGUUUGGAGUGAAUCAGACUUCAAAACAGGGGUCAACAUGCCCUGGCAAUGCUGAAAUAAAGUUAGUCUGAAUUUCUAUUAGGUAAAGCUAUUUGUUUAGAAUUCCAUGCUAAAAUACUCAAGAAUACAUUGUGCCAUCUAAGCAAUACUGGACAAAACUGUACAACACUCUAAGCGCAAAAAUAACUAUAGAAAUUUUCUUGUAGAGUUUAGAUUGCUUUUGCAUCCAGAGAGAUAGCUUUGUUAGUCUGCUGCAGCAAGCACAACUCAGAGUUUGCAGCACCUUUGAAAUGGACAAAGAUUACUUUCGUGGGCAGUUAUUCUGUCAGGGCAUGGCUUUGGGGCAGAUGUCCAGGGCCCCAUUCAGCAGAAUGGGCAGGUGGGGAGGCAAACUAGCAGGGCUGGCUAACCACAUUUUGAAGUAAAUGAAAUAAUAGACAUGACCAUCUAACGUGGGGGGGGGGAGAUAAAUCUAUUAAGUCCAGAGAUGAAGGAUGCAAUCCUAACCCUACUUACCUGGGAGUAGGGAUGAGUGAGAAAGUCAAUUCACAUUUCAAGGCGAAUGGAUCAAAUGUACACUUUCUGAAACACAGACACCCUUCGAGAUUUGCACUUACUUGAAUUUUGCAAUGUAGUUCACCUACCAUUUACAAAAAUACACGUUAGGGAAAAGCGUGCCUAAAAAUGAAUAUUUGAAUGAAAAGAACAUACUAAAAGUGCAUUAUAUAAUGAGAAAUUGCUUUCAAAAGUGUGUACAUCACUCAAAACCGCCUACAAAAAUUUGUUUAUUAGAAGAAAUUCGUACUAAAGUGCUGGAGAAUUUUCAUGAGGUUUUUUAAAAAAUCACAAAUUGCUGCAGAAAUGUUGAGGACUGAAUUUAAGAUUGGAAAAAUGAGAAACAGAGGGAGCUGAAAUUGACAGAUCUUUCCAUCCCUACCUGGGAGUUGGAUUCAAUAGGCCUUACAAUAGACCCAUUAGAUUCAGUAGGCCUUACUUCUGAGUAGGCAUGGUUAGGCUUGUCCUCUAAAAUGACCUCAUUGCACAAAUUGGAGCAGUGACAAAACCUGACACAUCAGCUGCUGGGAGACAACAGGCCUAGCGGUGUAGGGGGAAGAGACAGAGGUAUUGAAGAUGCAUGAGCAUCUUUGGUUUUCUUCCACCAAAGUUUUCAUGAAAGCACAUGGUUUUUCACAUUUCUUCCUGUAGCUGAAUUGUAAAUCGCUUUGAGAUGUGUCGUGGGAAGCGAUUCAUAAAUGAAAUUAAUAAAUAAUGAGCGACACCCUCUGAAAAAAUAGUUGUAUCCAAUUAAACUUCACUCAGAGUAGACCUGCUGAAAUUAAUGGACCUAACUUAGUCAUGUUCAUUAAUUUCAGUGAAUCUACUUGAGCAGGACUAGCGUUGGAUAUAAACCUCUGUGCCCAAUCCAGAGAAAUUAUUUGGGUUUGAUAGUACUCAAUGGGCUCAUAUAUUUAAACUUGAAACCAAGAGAGGUAGGAAUUUCCUUUAACAAAAAUGAGCGAGAGAUUGCAAUGCCAGGAUUGGAAUAAAACCACCAAAUUAACAUGAUGUUAUAACCACAGGGAUAACAAUAAGUUAUUUGAACUAUUGAUAAUUAGAGCUGGGUGAAAGAAUUUUCAAGAUACUGCCAUACCGUUUUUUGAAAUCAAUGUGUAUUUUAAGCACCAAGCAAAUGUUGAUCACUUGGGACACAAUUAGAGUUUGGCCUUUCCAUUUUUAAACUUCUAAAUACUAGGGGUUUGUACUGUUAAAUGCCAACUAUGAAGUAUUCAAUACAUUUAUUCAGAAAUAAUGGCUGAAUGGGAUUUACUCCCAGAUAAGUGCGUAUAAGAUUGCAGCCUAAAUGUUUUCAAAAGUUACAUUUUUCUAGCGUUCUAAAACUACUUUCUUGGUGUCAGGACUCAGGAUAGAGAAGUGCUGGUGACUGAGCAUUCUUUGUCCUUUCCAAUUAGUGCUGAGAUUAGCUUGAAGAAGAAAACACCAUUCUUAAUUCUCAUAGGGCUAAAAGCAGCUAACUCUGUGCUGGGUUGGAACUCAAGUGUCCAAGGAUGAAGGCACUGGACUGGCGCAUAUUGUGGAACAAUGGGUUAAACUCACUAUGAAGAGUGACCAUUAUCCAAGGAUACAACACUUACCCUCUUCCUCUGAAACAUACAGUGCACUAGCCUGUCAGCAGUCCUAUACAUUACUCAUACCUAAGCCUAAGAGGAGGUCAGCCUGCGAAACACUCCAAUCACCAGCAGUUUUGGGUAAACAGAUUUAUAUAGCGCAAAACCAAUUUGGAUAAGAUGUAGUUUGCACAGUGGAGGUGUGAGUUUCCCACUAUACUUUGUGGGAGACGCUCAGAGAUCCUGGUUCUGAUCUAGCUGUCUUAUAUGGUGGCCACUUGCAAAUUAGGAAAGGGCUCCUGCAAUAGUUACACAGAGAAUAAAAUUUCAGCAAGUGUAGCUUGUCAUGGAGCUAUUAAAGAGGUGCAGGAGCCCAGGCCUCAUUUGCAUCUUGCUACCCUAUUUGGUUAUAAUAUUUCCCUUUUCUAUACAGCAAAACACAAUCUGUUACAAGAGUGUAAAAGGCAGGAAAGUUUACAGGUGUUGAUUUUUUUCUGCACCAGCUUCCUUUGACAUCAUUGCAUAAGAGACUCCUGUUAUCCUCUCCCAGUAGGAGUAAAAUAUGUCCACACAUAUUUCGUAUAAAGAAAGGUAAUUGCUGGUGUGACCAUGUAAAAAAUAGAUUUUAAAUAUGGCUGUUUUAUGAAAGUGCAGGGACUACCUUAACAUGGAUGAGAGACUCAGGUAGCUGUUCUGUUAUAUAAUCUUUGCCUCCCAUAUGUCUCUAGUGGACAGAUCUUGUCCUGCUGAUGCGGCAUUAAGGCUCUGUUGGAACGAAUGUACAUAUUUUGCCAAAGGCACAGGCUGGGAAGGAGCUCAUAGCAUAUGCCCAAGCAGAAGAGGUGAGAUAGGCAAAACAAAUCCUUGUACCUGGGUGAUAAUUUUGCAAGUGAACAAUGGACAAUAUUUUGCAAGCAAGGCUUUCUUCCUCAGUAAGGUUGAAAUCUUAUGCAUGUUUAC